AUUGGUAAACCUCCACUUGGUUGGGCUUUGGCAUUGGCUGUCUGAUCCAAAACAAGAGGAAGGAAAAGAGCCGGCCCCAAAUAAUACUGUUGGUGGCUGCUGAAUGGAACUGUCCCUCGCCCACUCUGCUCAGUCAUCCCCUGCUGCUGCCAUGGCUUCUUCUCUCAGCGGCGCCACCUCCGCCCGCCUCCUCCCCGCUGCCUCCAGAGCCGCCGCCCGUGUCUCCCUCUCCCCCUCCCCCUCCUCCCUCAAGUGCCUCAGAUCAAUAUCAUCGUCCCCUCUUACCUCUCACCUCUUCCUUCAGCAGAGGAGAAGAUCAAUUCAAGUGCCGAGCGUGUCCUACAGUGGAAUUGCAUCUCCCAAAUGUGCUGUAUCAACUCCUGAGCAGUUGAAGAGUGCAAAGGAAGACAUUAAGGAUCUUCUGAAGACUACAUUUUGCCAUCCUAUUCUGGUUCGCCUAGGAUGGCAUGAUGCUGGCACAUAUAACAAGAACAUCGAAGAGUGGCCGAAAAGAGGUGGAGCUAAUGGAAGUCUCAGAUUUGAAAUCGAGCUCAAACAUGCAGCCAAUGCAGGUCUUGUCAAUGCUCUUAAGCUUCUUCAGCCUAUUAAGGACAGGUAUUCUGGAGUGACGUAUGCUGACUUAUUCCAGCUAGCCAGUGCUACUGCAGUGGAGGAAUCCGGUGGCCCCAAGAUACCCAUGAAGUAUGGAAGAGUUGAUGUAUCUGGACCAGAAGAAUGCCCUGAAGAAGGGAGACUUCCUGAUGCUGGUCCUCCUUCGCCUGCUAAUCAUCUCCGAGAUGUUUUUUACAGAAUGGGUUUGAAUGACCAGGAAAUAGUUGCCUUAUCGGGUGCACACACACUUGGAAGGUCAAGACCAGAGCGCAGUGGUUGGGGCAAGCCAGAGACAAAGUACACGAAAGAUGGACCAGGAGCACCAGGUGGACAAUCAUGGACUGUGCAGUGGCUGAAGUUUGAUAAUUUCUACUUCAAGGAUAUCAAAGCGAAAAGGGAUGAAGAUCUGCUUGUUUUGCCUACUGAUGCUGUUCUGUUUGAGGAUCCUUCAUUCAAGGUAUAUGCCGAAAAGUAUGCUGUAGAUCAGGAGGCUUUUUUCAAGGAUUAUGCUGAAGCUCAUGCCAAACUCAGUAAUCUUGGAGCUAAAUUUGACCCUCCAGAGGGUAUUGUGAUUGAUGAUGGACCCGCAAGACCUGCGCCAGAGAAGUUCGAGGCUGCCAAGUACUCAUCUGGAAAGGAUUAGAAAAACCGAGUGUCAAAGUCAAUUUUUCGUGUGCCAUAACUUUUAAUAAUACAAGAUGAGGCUAUUUUGCGUGUCCUGUGGGUCUCAGUGUAAAAAAGUUUGGUAAGUCUUAGAUGAACGGGAAGAGGAAUAAAAAGGCAUUCAAACUGUGCUGUUGUUGCAUGUUUGAACUUGCAGAGAGAGCUCUCAGAUGCCAUGAAGCAGAAGAUCCGAGCAGAGUACGAAACGAUCGGUGGAAGCCCAGAUAAGCCCCUAAAGUCCAACUAUUUUCUCAAUAUCAUGAUUGUGAUUGCUGCUUUGGCAGUUUUGACAUCCUUGUUUGGAAAUUAGUCCUUUUUGAGUGUUUGAUUGAUACCUCUUCAGUAUUGGCUCCUCUCACAUUCCAAAUAUCUAAUGAAUGGUCUGUGA